UAAAUGCCAAUUCAGUAAUUCACCACGAGAAAACCUAAAUAUUAAUUGAGGUAUCUUAUUGCACGGCGGCGAUUAGUUGUUUACUUGUUAAUAAAAAAAUCAUUCCACGGCGGUGGAGAGAAAAAAAGAGAGAGCGAGAGAGAGAGAGAGAGACAGACAAUGGCUGUUCCAAGAGGAGGCAAUGGUUUGAAUGAAGAAGAAGAUGUUGACGGAGAUAACACUCUCUUUGAGGCAAACGGUGUUGACUACGACAGCGAUCCCGAGCUUCCCUCUCACCUCCGUGACUUGGCCACCGCUGCUCAGACCGGUGACGUUUCCGCCUUGCGCACCGCCAUCGACAAUUUGAAUGGGAGAGUCGAUGAGCCACUUGAGGAUAAUGACUCGGCACUUCACUUGGCGUGUCUUUAUGGUCACCUACCUUGUGUUCAGCUGCUCCUAGAAAGAGGAGCUGACAUGGAAGUCAAAGAUGAAGACGAAGCAAUUCCUCUACAUGAUGCUUGUGCUGGAGGAUACUUAGAAAUAGUACAGCUUCUUUUUAGCCGAGCUAGUGGUCCCGAAUGUGUGAAGAGAAUGAUCGAAACAGCCGAUAUAGAAGGUGACACUCCUCUGCAUCAUGCAGCAAGAGGUGAGCAUGUUGAUGUGAUUAGGUUUUUACUGAGUUCCGGGGCUUCACCGACGACAGAAAACUCCUAUGGAAAGCUAUUAUCUUCUGUGAUGGCGGUUGCGCCGGCAAGAGCUCGUUCAGACUAUGAUUACCUCAUCAAGCUCCUCCUCAUCGGCGAUAGCGGUGUGGGAAAAAGUUGCUUGUUACUGCGUUUCUCAGAUGAUACUUUUACCACGAGUUUCAUUACUACCAUUGGGAUCGAUUUCAAGAUAAGAACAGUCGAACUUGAUGGGAAGCGUAUCAAAUUGCAGAUUUGGGAUACUGCUGGACAAGAACGUUUUAGAACUAUAACUACAGCAUAUUACAGAGGAGCUAUGGGUAUAUUACUCGUCUAUGAUGUAACAGAUGAGUCAUCUUUCAACAACAUUAGGAAUUGGAUGAAAAACAUUGAGCAGCAUGCGUCCGAUAGUGUCAACAAAAUAUUGGUUGGUAACAAAGCCGACAUGGACGAAAGCAAAAGGGCUGUCCCAACAUCAAAAGGACAAGCUCUGGCUGAUGAGUAUGGAAUCAAAUUCUUUGAAACGAGUGCAAAAACAAACCAGAAUGUCGAGCAGGUUUUCCUUUCUAUCGCGAAAGACAUAAAACAAAGACUCACAGAAAGCGAUACAAAAGCCGAGCCCCAAGGGAUCAAGAUCACUAAACAAGAUGCUAACAAAGCCUCAUCGUCUUCGACAACUGAGAAAUCAGCUUGCUGCAGUUAUGUUUAGAAGUUCUCUGGACCUGUUUCUAAUCUCUUACCGUCUUUAAUCUUCUCCGCAUCAUUCAAGAGAUCGUCCUAUGUUCUUAUUAGUAGGAGGAUAGACUUAAUUGAUGGGCUGUGUGUGAUUUUAUGUUUAUUUUGCUAUAUCUCCAUGGCCAAAUACUGUACUGGAAAUGGUAGACAAUGUUUAAGUGUUUAAACUUUAAAUUAAUGCAAUGCAGAUGU